AUUGAAAGCUCCUAUUUAUUAAUCUAUGCUACAGACACAAAAAUGGGUCGUACGAAGAAAAGAACAUCUGCAUCAAAUCGUAAAGGCGCAAAGCAUGUCUUGCCUUCUCUUGAACUCAAUGAGGAACAAAGAAACAUUUCAGGCUCUUUAAGUACCCCAAGUGUCUCAAGUAUUCCAAGUGACUCAAGUACUCCAAGUACCUCAAGUGUCGCAAGUAGCCCAAAUGUCUCAAGCGGUCCAAGCAGUUCUCAGAUAGAAUCAAAUAUACAAGUUGCCAAAAACGUAGCUAUAGAUCCUUAUUCAGUUGAACCUCAUUCAGAUGAACCUCAUUUAGACGAACCUCAUUUAGACGAAACCUGCUUAGAUACAUUAGAUGAUAACGAUAUUUUACCUGAUCCAGAUUUG